UGCACACCCGCCGUCUAAUCGGCGUCACACCUUCAAAUCGAUGACAGUAAUGCAUUUGUUUAUACGACUGGGGAAUGUAGAACGUCAGUGUACAGAAUGACGGUUGCUGCGCAAAUAUGAGGACUUUUCCGGAGUUCUGGAAUGCAUGACGUUGAUUCCCGCGCACGAUCCCCGCGCAUACUGUCAGAACCAAUAUGGCGGCGAGAAUUACGGGUGUGUUGUUCUUGUGUUGUGUUGUGCUGAGUUGUGGUCUGCCUGUUGACACCUCACACAGUCGGGCGUUAGGAAAUAAACGACAUGAUGUCAAUAAAGAGAGCAACACGAAGAAGUUGGCGCCAGGCAGCCCGCCGAGAACGGAGGGUAUAUACGAUGUGUUUGGGCGAUCAAACAGUCCGCCGAGAACGGAGGGUAUAUACGAUGUGUUUGGGCGAUCAAACAGUCCGCCGAGAACGGAGGGUAUAUACGAUGUGUUUGGGCGAUCAAACAGUCCGCCGAGAACGGAGGGUAUAUACGAUGUGUUUGGGCGAUCAAACACUAAUCCAGGAACAAGAAGGUUUCAUAGGAGUUCAGGUCUUGACAUAUAUUCCCACCUAGCAGCCCUGAGUGGUGGAUCUGUGAUUGGCAGUAACAAGACAGACGUGGAACACGCCUCCAGCAUCACAGUGGCUGAAGCAGCUCUGGCGUCGCCUGUGGUAGUCAUGGUGACUCGUGUCAACGCUACACCACCACGUGACGUGACUUUCAACGUCGACUCUGCCCUGACUUUGAUUCUGGUGGAGGUCACAGGUCACAUCACCAAGUCUGCCAUCCAACUCUCAGAUCCUAAAGGAGCGGCUGUAGGCAAGGUGACGCUGGCUGUGGAUAGUGCUGGGGCACUUGUGUACAAGAUAGUCAAGCCAAGCCCAGGUUCUUGGAAGCUUCACUUCAGCGACAUGCUGCACUAUGACGUCAUCGUCAAAGGGGACAGUGACGUCAGUUUUCAGGCCCAGUUCAUGAUGCUGAAUCCAGACACAGGCUACGCCAUUUCUGUGCCAGGAGAUCCCCCAGCAGGAAUAAAUCUAACUCUGGCCAUAGAAAUUAAUGGUGUCGACAAAACACAGAAUAUCACAGCUGUGACGUUGUACGCACUGAAUGGUGACGUCAUCAAAUCUGCAGUUCUGACACCUGUGGGACGUACGGGCGCCCGCUAUAAAGCAGCAAUAAAUCUUCCUGCGAAGGACUUGCGACUUGGAAUAUCAGGGAUAGAUAACCAUGGCAACAGCUUCACACGGAUGUCGGAGACGGCUGUAUCUCCGGAAUCAGAGUUCAAGGUCACCUUCAACAUCACGGCGGGGGAGUCUUCAACAUCGGGCACGGGCGGUGUACAUCUUCCCUUUGUUGUUACCAAUUAUGGCGUUCCUGGGUCGUUCAGUGUUCAAGUUACAUCAACAAACACGGUUCUGAAGCCUGUUGUCAGCCCCAACUCCUUCACCGUAAUGAAAGGCCACUCCUACACAGGUACUGUGACUGUAACAGCCAAUAUCACAGCGCCAUCUACUGCAGGGGACGUCGUGCUGACUGUGACGGCACCAUCGGGGGUCUCCGACUACGUCACCACACCUGUCAUCAUAUAUUCAAGACCAACUGCAAGCGCAGUAUCCACCAGGAUGACGUCCACCAGCAGUGAGACAACGCCACCUACAGCAGCUGCCGUCUCUGUAGUGACCAAAGAGGGGUCGAUGCUCGGAAGCAGAACACCCUCCUCUGUCACAAAAGGUCCAUCAGCAUCCACAUUAGCUGCAUCCACAGGAAGAACAGCGUCCACCCAACUUCCCGGUUACACAUCCCCCUUGUCCAGUACAACGCUCGGAUCGAUGGCCUCUAUAUCCAGUGGACUUCACCCAACCACAGCUUCGAUGUCGAGUCAACGUCCUCGAUCCACAGAACCCAGCAGAGUUCCUGAGUCCAAAGCCACAACAUCUGGAGGGAUUGCCGGGUUCACCGACUCCAUGUCUACAGAGGCCCUGGGGCCUACCACCACCACGUCUGACGGACUGUCUGGUUCUACCGCCAAUACGGCUAAAGGGCUUCUGGGUUCUACGACCUCCACGCCUAAAGGGCUUCCUGGUUCUACGACCUCCACGGCUAAAGAGUUGCCCGGUUCUACGACCUCCACGUCUAAAGGGCUUCCGGGUUCUACGACCUCUACGUCCAAAGAGCUUCCGGGUUCUACAAUCUCCACGUCUAAAGAGCUUACGGGUUCUACAACCUCCACGUCUAAAGAGCUUCCGGGUUCUACAACCUCCACGUCUAAAGAGCUUACGGGUUCUACAACCUCCACGUCUAAAGGGCUUUCGGGUUCUACAACCUCCACGUCUAAAGAGCUUACGGGUUCUACGACCUCCACGGCUAAAGAGCUGCCGGGUUCUACAACCUCCACGUCUAAAGAGCUUACGGGUUCUACAACCUCCACGUCUAAAGAGCUUACGGGUUCUACAACCUCCACGUCUAAAGAGCUUUCGGGUUCUACAGCCUUCACGCCUAAAUAUCUGGGGUCUACAACCUCCACGUCUAAAUAUCUGGGGUCUACAACCUCCACGUCUAAAUAUCUGGGGUCUACAGCCUCUACAUCCGAAGGGCUUCCCACCAUGAAGCCGGCCAUCAUAGCGUCCAUCGUGUGCGGGUGUGUGGCCGCUGUGGCAGGGGUGGGUCUUUGUGUGUUGAUCCUGACGAAGCGUGGUUGGCCUCGCUCUCACAGUGACAAGGCCAACCACUACAUGGACUCCGGGCAGUAUAGCAACUCGUCCAUAGACAAGGCCACAUAUAAUGCCGGGUAUGAAAUGGACUCGUACCAACCCCAUAAGGACUAGAUAAUAUUUAAUGUUAACUCUCAGGUCUAUUUGUUAAUAUCACACUGGAUACAUGUAUUUUGGUCACACUACAUGUCACAUGCAUACCAUGGUGCAUAUGACUUUAUUUCCAUUUGCGACGUUUGCAAUGUGUCGUGUGUGUCAAAGUGCAUAUAAUGACAUCAACCUGUGCGAUUGAUAACAUUGUGCAUGUGUGUGUUUUACAUCUGAUACUGCGUAUAUUAUUUGUGAUAAAUGUUGAUGUUCAUAUGCUGCACAUGCACAAGUUCACAUGGGAUAUAGUUAGUCCUCAGGUAUGCAAAUACAAGUAUAUGAAUGUUACAUUAUAUGUUAUUUUAAUACAAAUAUACCUGCGUUAUGAAUAGUAAACAUUCAAGUUUAAUACCAUUAGUUAUAUUUCUAUAGUAACCAGGACCUCGUGAAACUCAGGCAACAUGUCUUUACAAAAAAGAGUGGUGUUUAAGUGUAGUCCAGUGACUUGUGUUUAGGUGUAGACGUCAUGUCCAGUGAGUGGUAUUAACGUGUUGACGUCAUGUCCAGUGACUCGUGUUUAAGUGUAGACGUCAUGUCCAGUGAGUGGUAUUAAGGUGUUGACGUCAUGUCCAGUGAGUGGUAUUAACGUUUUGACGUCAUGUCCAGUGAAUCGUGUUUAAGUGUAGACGUCAUGUCCCGUGAGUGGUGUUUAAGUGUAGACGUUAUGUCCAGUGAGUGGUGUUUACGUGUAGACGUCAUAGCCAGUGAGUGGUGUUUAAGUGUAGACGUCAUGUCCAGUCAGUGGUGUUUACGUGUAGACGUCAUGUCCAGUGAGUGGUGUUUACGUGUAGACGUCAUGUCCAGUGAGUGGUGUUAACGUGUAGACGUCAUGCCCAGUGAGUGGUGUUUAC